AUGUCGUACACAGCACCACCACAGAACAUCACCUUCAAGGGCCUUCUUUUUGACAUGGAUGGCACCAUCAUCGACUCAACGGCAGCAGUCGAGAAGCACUGGCAUACAGUCGGCAAUGAGAUCGGUGUGGAUCCUGUUGUCAUCCUCGAGACGUCCCACGGCCGUCGGAGUAUAGACAUGCUCAAAGUCCUUGCCCCGGAAAAGGCAAACUGGGAAUAUGUUCGCCACAUGGAGGGCCUUCUACCAAAACUGCACGGCGAAGAUGCCGUGGAGAUUCCUGGUGCUCGUGCCCUUUUGGACGAGCUCAUCGCGGCUCAAGCUCCAUGGGCCAUUGUCACAUCCGGGACUGUCCCUCUUGUUACAGGCUGGCUCGAUAGACUCGAGCUGCCUCAUCCGGAACACCUCGUCACUGCCGAGUCUGUUGAGAAUGGCAAGCCCGACCCUGCUUGCUACGAGCUGGGUCUUUCGCGGCUGGGCCUCGAUAAAGCUGUCAGUGGCGAAGUCCUUGUUCUCGAGGACAGCCCCGCUGGCAUCGCGUCGGGCAAAGCUGCUGGCUGCAAGGUCAUCGGCGUCGUCACAAGCCAUACACUUGAGCAGGUUGUUGCCGCCGGCCCUGACUGGAUCGUGCAGGAUCUUCGCAGCGUCACGUUUGUUGAGUCCUUACCCGGCGCAGUCACGCUGCAGAUUUCGAAUGCGCUGGCUACGUCAGGUUACACCAGUGCACAUCUCUAA